UAUCCUUUUCCAAACUAAAAAAACAAAACCAACGCCUCCUCUCUUCUCCAAACUGACGCCUAAACCCUUUAGCUAAUAAACAAAACCCUUUUUUCAAUCAACCCUUUUCCGCUUCUGCUCGAGCUCAAAUCCGGCGACCGGCAGUCCGAAUCGCCGGCGGCUACUGGAUUGAAGCUCUACUUCAACUGAUAUUAAAGUAGCCGGCGAAAAAGAGCAACCAAAUGGCGGAAACAUCCACUGUCAACGGCGGAAGUACGGUGGAGGAAUGCCAAGACAUGAUCCGAAGAAGUCUUAGAACUCCAAUGGUCAAGUUUUUGAAGGAGCAUUUGGAGAAAUCUGGUUGUCGAAUUGGUGAUAACUUCAUAAAAGCUAUCCAUUGUGACAAGAAGGUCAGCGGCGGCUAUGUUCGCGGACACGGGAUAAUUGUGUGCAGUAACUACAUGAACAUUCAAGAUGAGGUGAAUCAAGUUGUCAUCCAUGAGCUAAUUCAUGCAUAUGAUGACUGCCGUGCUGCAAACUUGGAAUGGUCUGAUUGUGCUCAUCAUGCUUGUAGUGAAAUUAGAGCUGGCCAUCUUAGUGGUGACUGUCAUUACAAACGGGAACUACUGAGAGGUUAUCUUAAGAUACGGGGCCACGAACAAGAAUGUGUGAGGCGAAGAGUGAUGAAAUCGAUGGCGGGUAACCCAUAUUGUUCGGAGUCAGCCAGUAGGGAUGCCAUGGAAGCUGUCUGGGAUGUUUGUUACAAUGAUACUAAGCCAUUUGACAGAGCCCCUUGAAACACGAAGAUAACUGGUAGCUUCUCAGAGGUAACCUAGGUGAGGUCUUCUGCCAACCUGGAUAUGGUGAUAACGCCAUAACUGCAUUAUCACCACCUGAAGAAGAUUGAAAAAAUUGCUGUGUUCUUUUAAUUUUGGUUAAUUGUUUACCCUAAACAGAAGGCGCAUAUUUUUCAGUUAUAUCAUUUUUGAGGCUUAUUGACUGCCAUUCUGUCCUGUGUGUAACGAGCAUGGAAGCACUUAGUCUUACCAAUUUAUGAUGUAUAAAGUAAAAUAAUUUUUAUACCA